UAAAACCUUUUCAACUCUACCCGGAGAAAUCGAGCAUGCCUCCACCGAAAAAACCCAACAAAAUGAACAAAGAUUCGAAGAAAAUCCAGAAAGGGAAGAAAAAGAAGAAGAAAAACAAGAUCAAGAUCAUCAAUAAGACAGCUGCAGUAGACAGUAAAGCUAUUGAUUCCGAAUGGUGGGACAUUUUCUGGAAGAGGAAUUCUACUUCGGAUGUUCCACUUGAUGAGGAUGAAGGAUUCAAGCAUUUCUUUCGUGUUUCGAAGAGAACGUUUGAGUACAUUUGUUCGCUCGUAAGGGAAGAUCUCAUCUCCAGGCCUCCUUCGGGGCUCAUCAACAUCGAGGGAAGACUCCUCAGUGUCGAGAAGCAGGUUGCUAUUGCGUUACGGAGAUUGGCUUCUGGCGAGUCUCAGGUUUCGGUAGGAGCUUCCUUUGGGGUGGGGCAAUCGACAGUUUCCCAGGUUACUUGGAGAUUUAUUGAGGCCAUGGAGGAGCGUGCGAGGCACCACCUCAAGUGGCCUGACUCGGGCCAAAUCGGGCGAAUCAAAUCUGGCUUCGAAGCGUUGUGUGGGUUGCCUAAUUGCUGCGGAGCGAUAGAUUCCACUCACAUAGUUAUGACCCUUCCUGCCGUUCAAACCUCGGACGAUUGGUGCGAUCAGGAGAACAAUUACAGCAUGUUCGUGCAGGGCGUUGUCGACUUUGAGAUGCGGUUUCUCGACAUAGUGACUGGAUGGCCCGGUGGCAUGCCUAUUUCCCGAUUGCUCAAAUGCUCUGGCUUUUACAAACUCUGUGAAAGUGGCGCGCGCCUGAAUGGUAACGUGAAAAAGCUAUCUGCGGGAGAAGAGAUUAGAGAGUACAUUGUUGGCGGUGCUAGUUACCCUCUUCUCCCGUGGCUCGUGACUCCAUUUGAAGGAGGCGAACCAACCUCAUCGUCAAAGUUCAAUCCGGUUCUCGAGACUGCAAGAUCUGCUGUUGUGAAGGCGUUCGCGCAGCUGAAGGGCGGCUGGAGAAUCCUCAACAAGGUGAUGUGGCGGCCUGACAAGAGGAAGCUACCGAGCAUCAUCUUGGUAUGUUGUUUACUUCAUAAUAUCAUUAUCGAUUGCGGGGAUAACUUGGAUCCCAGCGUUGCCUUGUCCGCGCAUCACGACUCCGACUAUAGAGGGCAUGUUUGUAAGCAAAUUGAUGAUGUGGGGAGAGAUGUUAGGGAGAGGUUGGUUAAGCAUUUGUUGUGUAGAAAUGGAAAUGUUUUGUGUUCUUGAUUUUGAUUGACUACAAGAAUUGUAGUGUAUGAGAAAUUAUGUUCUUGAUUGUAUGACUAGAUUUGGUUUAAGCUCUUUUGAGAA